UGAGCGAAGCAGCCUGAACGUACUUUCGCUUUCUCAACUUCUUCUUAAGGAACAGAAACUUGGCAGCAACCGCGACUUGUGGACAAGGAAAAAAGGAACCCGCAGCAUCCGCACUGAAGCGACUCUGGUCACAGCGUACACACACGAACACUAAGAGUAUGGCCGCGGGAGCUGCGGACAGGACCGGACCGGGAGGUGAACCGGAGGAAGGGAAGCUGGCGGGGCUGGACGAGACGGACGCCAAACCUGACCGCAGAGGGAGAUUCCUGCUGUUCGGGAGUAAGAAGAAUAAGGAUGGCCAGACGCGGGAGCAGGACUACUCUUCUGAAAGCCAUUACAGAAUUGUUUCACCAACAUUCCAGUAUAAGAUGAGCCACCAGCGAGUGGGAAAGUGCAUCAUCAUCAACAACAAAAACUUUGAUGAAAAGACAGGGAUGAAUGUACGCAACGGCACGGACCGAGACGCGGGCGAGCUGUUCAAGUGCUUCAAGAGCCUGGGCUUCGACGUCUUCAUCUACAAUGACCAGACGUGUGAGAAGAUGGAGUGUCUUCUUAGAGAAGCUUCGGAGGAAGACCAUAGUGACAGCUCGUGUUUCGCCUGUAUCCUGCUAAGCCACGGCGAGGAGGGCAUGAUCUACGGCACAGAUGGAGCCAUGCCCAUCAAGACCAUGACCUCGCUGUUCAGGGGCGACAUGUGCAAAAGCUUAGUGGGCAAGCCGAAACUCUUCUUCAUCCAGGCUUGUCGGGGUUCCGAAUUUGAUGAUGGUAUACAGACAGAUUCGGGUCCGCCGAACGACACCCUGGAGACAGAUGCUAAUCCGAGACAUAAGAUCCCUGUAGAGGCAGAUUUCCUCUUUGCCUACUCCACUGUGCCGGGGUAUUACUCCUGGAGGAACCCCGGGCGCGGCUCCUGGUUUGUCCAGGCGCUCUGCAAUGUCCUCAACGAGUUUGGCAAGCAGCUGGAGAUAAUGCAGAUCCUGACACGGGUCAACUACAUGGUCGCAACCAGCUUUGAGUCCUGGUCCGAAGACCCGCGCUUCAGCGAGAAGAAGCAGAUUCCCUGCGUGGUAUCUAUGCUGACGAAGGAACUGUAUUUCAACUAACCCGCAGAUUGUAACCGACCGUACUGUAUGACGGCACAAGACUUGCGUGACAGGACUAGACUAACUGUUUCAGGUACGGGCUAAGUGGUCAAAGCAUUCAGGGAUGAUUCAGGCCCAGCAGGACACUGCACAUUUGGAGCACACAUUAACAUUUUGCAUGUGUGGCUGGGCCCAGAAAAACCAGCACUCUGUGAAACAAACCAAAAGAAAAAAAUAUAUAUAUUUACAGUGGCGCUCCGGGUUCAUGUGUUGAUGGUGAAAUUUAUUCCUCUUCUUCAGGUUGUUCUUCAGAAUAAUGGCGUCACAUUUGAUCUGAUCUUUGUCGACGGGCAGUGUGAAAUAUCCAUGUUGUUCCCCCAGCCUGGAAAAUUUGCUGCCAGUUUUUGUGGGUUCGGGGAAUUGUGAUUGAAAAUGCCUCUCUCCAUUUUCCAGCAUUUGCAAUAGAUGAAGGCAAGCGAGGACAAGAAAUAAUUUGACACGAGUAUUUACUGUGAAAUAAAUCAGAAACCAGGUGAAAGUUGAAAUUUUUUUUCAACUUGUCCUUUUGUAUUUAUAUGAUAUGAUUCUUCAGAAACAGUCCAAGUGAAGGCUCUACAAGGUUUAGAGAAAUUGACUUAAGAAAUUCGAAUAGUUGAUUACGAAUGCUUUAGAAAUGAGGGACGUACCUUUAUUACAAACCUGGUCCUCUGAAUUGUUUUUUUAUGUGGAAAAUGGAUCGGGUCAUUUUCAGUUAUCCGUGUUUCAAUGUUUUCAGCUGUCAGUUGUCCAAAAAAAAGGAGACAAUGGUAACACAACACUCCUGUGAGCAGAAACAUGUCACGGUGCUCUUGCCAAAGGCUCAGUGUCUCAGCCUUCCUAGCAAAUUUCAGUUGGUAGCAGCAUGCUGGCAUCCUCAGGUUCUUUGAUGUCCCCAUGAUGUGGGUUAAAUGUAAUGUUAAAGAAUUUCAUAUACGUAUGGCUAGGAAGGUGUGAUCUUUUGCUGUGUAGUGAUACGUUCUCUGAGAUAUGGGUCAAGUGCUUAGUAUAUAUAUAAAGUCCAACCCCAUGAAAGAAAGAAUCAGUUAAUCAGUCUCUAAUCAGUUUUCUCAGUGGAAAAA